ACUGCAGAAUGACUAUAUCACCAGCUACCAUUCUCAACGAGUACGCAACCAAAACGCCUUCGACCGGCGGCACAUAUGGCUUCUUGACUGCUGACCAGCAGCGCAAAACUGCCAGGCUCUGGCAGCUCAUUUUCCAAUACCUGGAUAGCGUCAGGGACAAACCGGUGAAAGUGGUCGGCGAGCUGUUGCAAAAAGUCGACCGCGACUGGUCGGAGCUGGGUCCUGACGAGCCUGGUCUAGAGGGUCUUGGGCCAGAAGAAAUCACUCGCCCGGCGGCCUACAUCCGUAUCGCGUUUGGCUCCAAAAAGACCAAGCUGCCGCUCGACAAGCUGCUUCUGGAUAGACACGUCAACGAGACCACACAGCAGUACCUCGAUCGUACCAUUGGCCGGCCGGUACGCCUGAUCCCCGACAACUACUUCCCGUCAUUCAAGCACCCCGACAAUGAGACACGCAAUCUGGCGGACAUGUUCUGGACGAUCGCCUCGUCAAAGAUGCAUCCGGACAUCUGGCUACACCGCUAUCUGCGGGCCAUGGGGUGGGACGUCGACCGUGCGUUUGGUACCAUCAAGAGCGUCCUCGAGUGGCGGGCAGCUGAGGCAGCAGACAGACUCAAUUACGAAGGCGACAUCACAUCUGGGCUGGACGAGUUCCGUCUAGAGUUUUGCCGGCUUGUUGGCCGCGACCGACUCGGAUACCUGCUGUACCAUGUCACGGUGCGCAAUAUCAUGCCGCGAGCCACCGAGCCCUUCGUCUUCAAGCGGUACCUGAUCACGAUCUUUGAGGGCAUCCAGUCGGUGACGCGCGGGUACAACCGGGCCACAAUGAUAUACGAUUUUACCGGCUUUUCCCUUGACAACACGCCGUUCCAGAUGGUCCACUUCAUGGUGACUCUGGGCAUGAAGCAGUAUGCCGACUCGACCAGCAUGAUCAUCCUGCUGGUCGACAGCUGGCUCUUCUCCAAUUUUUGGAAUCUGAUCCGGCCCUUCCUCGACGCCAACCUGGGCUCGCGCAUCGUAUUCGCCAAGAACGCCGACGAGGUCAUGAGGUACGUCGACAGGGACCAGCUCCCAGUGUGUGCUGGUGGCACAAACGAGUUCAGCCUCGAGUAUCGCCUGCCGCAAGAGGGCGAGAACGCCGCCAUGUUUGACACUGAGGGAAGGCGGGCCGCCGAGCAGGUGUGGCGUGAUAAAACCUGCAGACUGUGGGUGUCGGCGAUGCUGGACGCCAAAGCCGGCAACUCGAUGGAGGAGAAGACGCCGGUCGAUGGCCAGCGCGAUGCAGCAGCCCAGGAGCUGUUUGCCGCCGAACUAAAGCUCAGCAAGUUCACCUACUCGAGAAACGUGUACCAUCGCCAUGGAAUGGUCGACGAGACAGCAACCCUAAAAUUUUAAUACACCUCCAAAGGUCUAGC